CCAAAACCCGCACCUCCUGUUCUUAGAUCGGAAAGAAACAAACAACAAAAGAAAGAAAAACAUUUUUUCGUUCUGAACCCCCCUUGACUCCUCUCCCUGCGUCGCCUCCUGUUCACCCACUUCUCCAAAAAGGUCGACAAGUACUAGCCCACCCAAGUCACCAACCCAGAGCACCAUACCGGACAGACCACACAGCCACGCACGCCUCGGGCCGGCGAGCGCGCCGGUCUCCUUCCAUGCUCGCCGGCAUCGGCCCCCGCCGCCGCCGCCGAUGCCCAGCCUGCUGAAGGACCGCACAUCCGGCCGCUUCGGCCGCCUAAUCGCCGGGCUCCGCCCCGGCCGCGCCGGCCCCUUGCCCGUACAGACCGGCUUCCCUACCUCCCUCGCCGACCUCUUCGUCAAGAACCAUGGCCGCCUCAAGAAGCCCUCCUCGUACGCGUCCGCCGCCUCCAAGCGCAAGAAGCGCGGCGGCAGCGUCUCCCCCUUGCCUUCUUCCCCUUCGCCUUCUCCCCCGACGCCUUCCCCUCCAAUUCCAUCGGCCGCUGUCCCGCCGUCAACCCAGCAAACACCCGCCGUUCCGCGGGUCGAAUACGUCUGCCAUACCAGAGGAGACGGCGCCUUCGGCCUCGGCCUGGGGUUUCUCGCGCUUGCCGGCGUGGUGUCGCUCGCCCUCCUGGUGAUCUGGAGCAGGACGGUGGUUGCGGCCGUCACCAUCGCCGCGUUCUCUCUUUUCUUGCUGGAAUCCGUCAGGUCAUCCUCGACUCGUCGGAGGGCCCGGCCUCCGGCGGCGACCCACGAGCUGGAUUUGGACGGCCGUGGCUAUGUCUCGCCGAUCCGGGAGGUGGAGGCUGCGGCGGAGGAGCCAGAACCGCCGAGGCGGAGCUGCUCUGAUUCCGACGUGGGAACCGAUAUCCCCAUCCUUGCCGUCGAAGAGAGCAGCGAUGCGGGGGGCCGCGAUUCAUGCGAUUGGAAGCCGAAGCCGAAGCAGAGAUCCUGGAAGAGGCUAAUUCCGCGAAAGCUGCAGAAAGGCAGGAAGUCCAAGGACGCGGAAUCGUCAGGUUCUUUCCGCAGUGACAGCACCGAAACGGAAGCCAUGGUACUUGGCGGCAAUGCCAAGGCGACGGAUUCUCGCCGUGGCGGACGCAGCAGCCAAGCGGAUGCCGAGGCGGACGGCGUUACCAAAUCGUCGCGUUCUUCGGGCCGUCUUGUCGCCCUGGACGCCGAUGCGCGCUACAGCGGCGGGCAGAUAGAAGCCGUCGAUGCGUCAGCGGACCUCACCGGGGUUGAAGACGUAGUUAUCGGAAUCCGAUUUCCUUUUGUAUUCGUCGUCGUCAUCGUCCUUCUAGGCCUGGUCGGCGGGAGGCUCCCGGCUGUCGCGCUCACCGUGCUUUGCUCCGCGUCCGUUAGCUGGAUGCAGAGAUUGACACGGGAUGGUGUCAAUCUGAACUCUGAAGUGAGGUGAUUAGAGAUUUCCAUGAUGUAGGAAACCUCCCAGUGUUGAUGUAAUUAGUGGAGGGAAAAGCAGAAACGGUAUACAUAUUUGCUCUUAACUUAUUGAAAUCGUAGUAAGAGCUUCAUCCUA